AUGCUUAACUUCGGCUCUUACGAUAAUAACAAUUCCGAACUCUCGAAAAUUCUUCACCGACCAAUAAGAGCUCUUUCAUUUCCGGAAUUUAGUUCUAUGGGCCUUUUUUUUGCAUUAGCUGUACCUCUACCAGACCCUCAGAAAGCUGUUUCUUUAUCUUAUUUUUUCGAAGCAUCAUACGAAUUGCCAGUAAAUGAUACAGUCUUCUGGGAAUGGAAAGAUAAAAGACGUCGGAAGCGUGCAAUUGACAGAGUAACAAUCUUCGAAUUAUUCAGAAAUAAAUUUGAAAGUUUUGGGUUUCCAGGAAAGGAAUGUCUCCUCAGAUCCAUUUGUGAAACUUCGCAAUUUGAUCUUCAAGACAACGGUGUUCUUGGUGACAUGCUCAACGUUAUCUUCAAACCGUCGACUUCCCAACCAGAGGAUCUACCGCAGGAUAUUGUCGAGGCUGAACUAAUCGGACAAACUGCAAGUUGUACGAAAUACCAUCAGAAUUGUCCCGUGGGGCUCUUGGAUUUGAUUGGAAUCCUCGUGUAA